AUGUUUGAAGACAGAUUCAUGGGUAUUGGAGGUUUUUCUGGCGAUUUUAACCUAGGACGAGCUUCGGAUCGUCGUCUUCCUAAUGGGUUUCUUCAGAAUCUCGAAACAAACCCGUUUCUGACGAGCCAGUGCUUUAAUCAGAGUAGUAAUGGUCUUGAUUUGUGCAAAAAGCUUAGCAAAAUGGGUAUCUCUUGUGACAUGAGUAUUUGGAGCAGCAGACCCGAACCGUUCCGGGUCGACCCGAGAGAUUUUGGGUCUAGAGGAAGCCUCCAUGGGUUUCCUGGGUUUGAUCAAAAUCUGAGUGCAGCUUCUCGGAUUCGCAACGUUUCCUCUGGUUUUCUUCAAAACACCUUCCACGGAGUUUCUCCGGGAGAGCUUCGGUUGCUUGGGUUUCAAGAUUCCGUUAACCCCAACGGGUUUGAAGAGAUGAUGACUUUUAAAAACCACAGAGUUUCUCUCUUUGACCAUAUGAAUCGACCCACAAAGCGUUCUUCUAUCUCUCUCAGAGGCGUCACUCUUCAGAACGAUGCGUUAAAGGGUGGUUCAUUGAUGUUUGAAGGAAAUAGAGUUUCUCGAGGAAACAGGGUUUCUCGAAGUCUAGCCGCCAUGGAAGCUUCUGGAGAGCUUGGAGCUUUUUAUCCAGAGGAUAGACUCAGAGGCGUCUCUCUUCGGAACGAUGCGUUAGUAUUUGAAGGAAAUAGGGUUUCUCCAGCCCUAGCCGCCAUGGAAGUCUCCGAAGCUUCUAGUCUGAUCGGUCAAGGCUCCUAUGGGAAAAUGAAUCCAAAGAACCGUACUGGUUUGCCUCUGGAUCUCGUGUCCAUGGUUAACAUCUACGGAUCUGUGAACUUAAUGGCAAAAGACCAGAUUGGUUGCAGAGUUUUGCAAAUAUUGGUUGAUGAAGGAACAUUUCCUGAUUUUAAAGUUCUGUUCUUUGAAAUUAUUAACCAUGUCGUUGAACUUUCCAUGGAUCCUUUUGGGAAUUACAUCGUCCAGAAGCUAUUAGAUGUGUGUGAUGAGGAACAGAGGAUGUUAAUUGUGAGUGUUUUGACCUCAAAAUCAACGGAGCUCAUCAAAAUCUGUCUCAACAAUUAUGGGACACGAGUUGUCCAGAAGAUGAUCGAAACAGUGAAGACAAAACAGCAGAUUGAGAUGGUGAAGUCUAGUCUCAAACCAGGCUUUCUUGCUCUUGUGAAAGAUUUGAAUGGGAACCAUGUGAUACAGACUUGCUUGAAUUCUCUUGGUCCUAACGACAAUAAGUUUGUGUUGGAAGCUGCUACGAGGUACUGUGCUGAGAUUGCAACUCACCGUCAUGGAUGCUGUGUGCUUCAGUGCUGCAUUUCAAACUCUGUUGGAGCGCAACGUGAGAUACUCGUUGAUGAGAUAUCCAGAAACUCACUUCACCUUUCUCAGGAUCCUUACGGGAACUACGUGGUGCAGUACCUAAUAGAGCAAAAUGUUCCAUCAAUGAAGUUACUGAUGCAGUUUAGAAUGCAUUACGUGGAGUUAGCGACACAGAAAUUCAGUAGCCAUGUGGUGGAGAAAUGUCUAAAGCAUUAUCCAGAGAGUCGAGCUGAGAUUGUCCGGGAGCUUCUCUCUGUUCCAAACUUUGAAUAUAUCUUGCAGGAUCCUUUUGGAAACUACGUUAUCCAAACUGCUCUUUCUAAGACCAAGGGUCGUGUUCAUACGCGGUUGGUGGAGCAAGUUCAUAGGUAUGGGAUUCUCAAGUCGAGUCCUUAUUGCAAGAAAAUAUUCUCCAACCGUAUCUUGAAUAAGUGA